AUGGAGACGAGCACUGAUUAUGCGAACUACAAAACCCAGGCAAAUUUUAUAGGCUGGUACAUCGCCUCAGCACCUGAGGCUAUUACCUGCGCAGUUGGCACAUGGACGACGAGCGGUAAAUACGGUGACUGUAGGCAGACCGCCACCUAUGAUAUAGCAACAUCAUGCUAUCGCGGCAAUAGCGUGGUUAGGGGAACCAAGACCGUGGCCUGCGCCCCCGACAAGUCAUGCGACUUCUUCCGGGUCUUCUCAACAGUAGGCCAAGACGGGCUGUACGCUGUGUCUCGGUACGGUUGCUUCAACAACUGGGCAGCAAACAGUAUAUAUCGAACACUACCGGCAGAGUACCUGGCAACAACUACCACCGGCACGGAUUCUUCGCCAACUGAUUCCGCUAGCAUAACAUCUCCAGCUUCAUCUUCGACCACGACCUCCACAAAUGAAUCCUCAACGCCCACUGGCACCGGUGGCACAGCUUCAUCCAGCUCAUCCAACUCAGGACUAAGCGGCGGCGCAAUAGCAGGCAUCGUCGUUGGCUGUGUAGCGGCCGGCGUCAUCCUGGCGCUAUUGGUUGUUUUUCGCAGGAAACUCUUUGCGUGCUUUGGAUAUACUAAGGCACCGGGUGAGAAUAGCUAUUCUUGGGCUCCUGUCUAUGUGCCGCCGCAGACGCAGUCGACUUCUCAGUCGCAGCAAAUGUCGGAGUUGUCGGCGCAGCAGGUUCAUGAGCUUCCUGGGCCUCCGGGGCCUGGGUCUGGUGUUGCUGAGUUGAGGUGA